AUGGCCCUCCCCGACUGGAUUCAACAGGCCCCCAAAAUGACAAUGCCUAGUCCACUCGCCUUCAUCGGCCUUCUCACAUUAACUUGGGGAACCUUCGCGUUCUUCCGCCAAGCGACCGUUUACCUUCUCCCAUGCAAAAUACAACGGUACAACUCUACUGAUAAGGGCCAUACAGGAGGCAACUGGGCCCUCGUAACUGGGGCCACAGAUGGAAUCGGCUUCGGCUUCAGUCAAGAGCUUUGCGCGCGCGGCUUCAAUGUCAUCCUAAUGGGACGCAACGAAGGCAAGCUUCAGAAACGCGCCGCCGAGCUGCGACAGCAAUUCCCAUCGAGCAAGGUCGAUACCAUAAUAAUGGAGGCAGUGCCCGUGAGUUCAACCGUGGAUGAAAUCGCGAAUGGACUACCGGGUAAGCUCACCGUUUUGAUAAAUAACGUUGGCGGCGCUGGCGGCGACUGGAAGCCGUAUUUACCAUUCGGUGAAUAUAAAUUUGAGGAAGCGCAGGCGACUAUCGAUAAGAAUGCGGUUUUUAUGGCGCAGCUUACGCGCGCUUUACUUCCUGCUCUGUCAAGGGCGGAACACAGUCUUGUGUUGAAUGUUUCGUCGAUGGCGUCGUGGGGAGUGCCGUAUAUUUGUAUGUAUGCGGCCUCGAAAGGGUUUGUGGAUUCGUUUACGCGGGCGCUGCAAGGGGAAUGUGCGGCCGAGAAGAAUGGUGUGGAUGUUUUGGGGUUGAGAGUGGGGCAGACUUCGACACCGGGGUAUAAUCAGCCUGUGAGCUGGUUCAUUCCGACGGCGCGAGUGAUGGCUAAGGCCGGAUUGGAUCGAGUGGGAUGUGGGAAGACGAUUGUUUGGGGGUAUUUCUGGCACUGGUUGCAGGGGUUAUCGUUUUAUGUGUUGCCCCGUUUCGUGCUGGUGAAGGCUAUGGCGAAGAAGAUGAUGGCGUUGAAGAAAGAAGAGGAGGCAAAGUCGAAACGGUCUUGA